UGUUUGUGGUGAAGAACAGGCAGGAUUUAUGGCGGUUGUGACGCAGUUGUUGAGGCCACGCCCCCUGUGCUUGAUGCGUGACUGUGUUCAGUAAGUCACAGCGGUUAUUUGAACUGAUAUGGCGGGGGAUUGUCACGACAUCCGCCGCUCAAAUGUGUAACACAACGCGCUGCCGUGAGUUGAGCCGGGUCGCUUCUGCGUUUCUCAUGCAAAUCGAUUCACAAGGGCGCUUUUAAACCUCCCUUCCUCCAUCCUUAAACACACAGGCACGCACGAGUUCAGCUCGCUCCUUCAAAAAUAGAAGAUCCCUAGGGAGAUGGCUGAUAAAGAGGACAUGGAGAUACACACCCCCUCAUACCCCCUACCCCUGGAAAUACAGCAGAUGGAUCAUUCAGAGAAGGCCUGUCGUUACUGUGGCGUGAGUUAUUUGAUCCUGCAUGAGUUCCAGCGUCUGCAGGAGCGUUUGUGGGAAGUCGAGAGAGAGCUGGAGCAGGAGAGAGGAAGUGCGGAGAGAGAGAGAACCCUGAGAGAGGAGCUCCAGGAAGCCUACGCUCAUCUGGAGAAGCUGAAAGCAUCUGCGCUUCAAAAGGAGGAAACGUGAGUCUCAGUCACAGUUCCAUGCCUGCAAACAUCUGA